UAUUGGACGACUAAUGCAAAUUUUUGCCUGUGAGUUUUAGGAGUUAAGUGCUAGAAUUCUUACGAAUCUAGAACUUGAGUAUUCUGUUUUGUAAAUAGGAGUUAAAAGUUUCAGAAACAUGAAGUACUCAACUUCACCCGUGCCAUCACGGAGUAACAGUUCUCUGUUAGGAAUACCAUCUAGAACCACAUCACCGUUGCCUCCACCGAUUAGCCAAAAAGCUGAUUGUAUGAGUGCCACUAACAAGAGUUAUAAAUAUUUGCGUCGAUUCGUUAAAUUCGAUCAAAUGGAUUUUGAAUACGCACUUUGGCAAAUGCUCUAUCUAUGCAUCGCACCACAAAAAGUCUACCGGAACUGUAACUAUAGGAAACAUACCAAGUCGCAGUUUGCCCGGGAUGAUCCAGCUUUUCUUGUUUUGUUGGUAGGGUGUCUUUGUGUCACAUCGCUCGGAUUUGCAUGGGUCCUAUCACUAGGUUUCGGCCAAUGUAUUCUGUUUCUCCUCUACGUUGUUUUCGUAGAUUGUAUCUUCUGCGGAAUGGUUGUUGCCACCGUACUGUGGUUUGUUGCAAACCGUUAUUUGCGCGAGCCGACCUGUGACUCGGAUGUUGAAUGGGGCUAUGCCUUUGACGUACACUUGAAUGCUUUUUUUCCUCCACUGAUUCUGUUGCAUUUUAUUCAAUUGUUUUUCUAUCAUGCGCUGAUCAGUCAAAACUGGUUUAUUUCAUCUUUCAUUGGUAACACAAUUUGGUUAAUAGCACUUAGUUAUUACAUUUAUAUUACCUUUCUCGGCUAUAGUGUUAUACCGGGCUUGAAGAACACGCGAAUUAUAUUAGUUACAUUGCCACUUGUGUUUCUGUUUUAUGUGGUGACCCUUAUAAUCAGAUGGAAUUUGAGCAUAUCUCUAGUGUAUUUUUAUCACUAUCGAGUUCUGUAACAGUUCAUGUUAACUAUUCAUUUGAUAAAACUUUAAUAAAAUGUAUUAA